UGUGUCUGAUCGCGCCAUCGUGCACUCAUCGCACAACACCUGACCCAGGCCAUUUUAUAAUAAUUGCAUUGCAGUUUCAUCUCUAUCAGCUGGCUCUUCCAGUCCAAAAUGUCGUCAAGUCCAGCUUCAGAAAAUUUCUCCUCAAUACCGAUUCUCGACUAUUCCUUAGCUGCCUCUGCGAGUACUCGAUCGCAACUUACCUCCGAGCUCCGCAACGCCGCUAUCAAUGUAGGCUUUCUCUAUCUAUCGAACACGAAUGUGGACCCUGUUCUUGUCGAAGAACUCGUUUCGUACGUUCCUCGACUAUUCGCUCUCCCCCAAGAAGCGAAGGAAAAGGUCCGAAUGCGCAACUCGCCUCAUUUUCUGGGGUACUCUCAGUUCGGUGCGGAGUACACCAAGGGGAAGGUGGAUAUGAGGGAACAGUUUGAUAUCGCCACGCCCCAUAACUGUCGAUGGAAGCCUGGAGAUCCAGAUUACAAGCGUUUGUGGGGUCCGUCUCAGUGGCCUGACGAGGACUUGAUUCUCGGAUUCAGAGCGACGCUAGAGAAAUACCUCGAGCAGGUACAGGAAUUGGCGGAUAGUUUCGUCGGGGUGCUGGCUGAGGCGCUCGGGCUCGGCCCGGAUGGGUUAUCGCGGUUUUACGACGCGCCUGAGCUCAUGCAGCAUCGGAGCAAGAUAGUGCAGUACCCGGUGGUCAAUGAGCGUUCGCCGUCGAAUCAGGGCGUAGGGCCGCAUUAUGAUGCAGGCUUUUUGACUAUACUACUACAGGCAUCGGAUCACCCGGGAUUGCAGGUACAGAAUCUGGCGGGGGAGUGGAUCGAUGCUUCCCCGGUGCCGGGAACUUUUGUGGUCAACUUUGGACGAGCGCUGGAGUUCGCCACUCAAGGCACUGUGCGCGCCACAUCCCACAGGGUCCUCUCACCUCCUUUAGGAUCGACGAGCCCUAGAUAUUCGAUACCUUUCUUCCAUAAUAUUGGGCUAGACGUCAAAGUGACCGAUCCUGCGUACACUUUGAAUUUCCCAGAGGAGAUCCUGAAACUACGCGACGCGAGGGGAAAGCUGCCGGACUCGGAUUCCGUGAACUUCCCUGAAUUUUCUACGCAGACUUCUGGGCAUGUCAACCUUGUGGGCAGAGUGAAGAGCCACCCUGACGUCGGGGAACGACAUUAUCCUGCACUUUUCAAGCAGAUAUUUCCCGAUGGUUUGCCUGCGCAUGGGACGGCCUACUGAGUUGGAAGACUAGGUUAUGGAAAACAUACAUAUCUGGCAUCCCUUUGGGAGUGCGGAAAGAAGUAAGCAGCUCAAGAUUUGUAUAGUAAACACGAAGAGAACUCCAAAGAUGCACCUGACGUGGAACAGCACUCCGCUGGU